CCCUCCAUCGUUUUAUGCACACCGAACUCCGGGCGCACAGUCAGCUUUAGAGCGACGGGGAGAAAAGAGAGCACAGAACAAUAUAAUAUAAUAGUUUGCCUUCACAUGAUGCUAUUUGCUGUCUGGAGUUUGAAAUAGGACUAUACGACGCGUGCACAUCCACCGACCGUCUAGUCGUAUGUUAUUUUAAUGCUACCGAUAGAGGUUUCGGAAGGAGUGUGUUUCACCUCAAGCGAACACGACGAAGGAAGGAGGGACGGGAUGAAAACAGAGGAGACCCAAUCAUGUCUUCAGCAGCCUCCAGCCUCCACGCCAUUCGGUUCAGAACACAGGGGCGGAGGGGGCGAGGUGUGUGCGGGGUGUGAGUCGCCCAUUGCCGACCGCUUCCUGCUGCGUGUCAAUGAACGCUCGUGGCACGAGACCUGCGUCAAGUGUGCGGUGUGUCUGAGCGCGCUCAGUGGGACAUGCUACUGCAGAGACCGUCUGCUUUACUGCAAGCAUGACUACGAAAAGCUGUUUGUCAGGAAGUGCAGUGCGUGCCUGCAGGUGAUUGGCCGCUCAGAGCUGAUCAUGCGUGUGCUGGGGCAGGUGUACCACCUGGGCUGUUUCAGCUGCUGUGAGUGUGAGCGCCGGCUGCAGCGCGGAGACGAGUUUGUCCUGAAGGAGGGACAGUUGCUCUGCAGAGGAGACUACGAGAAGGAGAGAGAGAUGCUGGCUGCCAUCAGCCCCACACCCACUGAGUCAGUGAAGAGUGAGGAUGAGGAUGGUGGGGGCGGUUCUGUAGGGGGGAAGGGCGGCGAAGGGAAGGACCACAAACGGUCAAAGCGACCACGCACCAUCUUGACCACACAGCAGCGCAGAGCUUUCAAGGCCUCCUUCGAGGUGUCCUCCAAACCAUGCAGAAAGGUGAGAGAGACACUGGCAGCUGAGACCGGGUUGACGGUUCGAGUCGUGCAGGUGUGGUUCCAAAACCAGAGAGCAAAGAUGAAGAAGAUAGCUCGCAGGCAGCAGCAACAGCAACAGCAGCAGGAGCAGGAGCAGCUGGGAGGGUCUAGGAGAGGGCCGAGCAGGGGGGGCCGACAAAGCAACGAUGACAGUGAGGAUGGUUCUAGUGGUCACGGAUUGGACGGUCUGUUGGCGUACCCCUCGUUGCCACGACAGCAGCUACUGGCUCUGGACCCCAACAUCUACGGAGGAGAGCCGUUCCGCCAUGGCCUCACACCCCCUCAGCUGGGCUCUGAACAUCUUCACUCCUACGAUUCAGAGACUGUGUUCCACGAUCUGGACAGCGACGGAAGCCUCAGUCACCUCGGCGACUGUCUCCUGGCAACGGCAGACGGCGGGCUCCUGGCGGGGCGGGUGGGAAACCCCAUCGACCGCCUCUACUCCAUGCAGAACUCCUACUUCACAUCCUGACCCCUCACCUUUGACCUCUGACUCACUCCACCAAUCACCACUCAGAGAAGCAGCUAAUGGCCGGUUAUCCUACUAGGCCCACAAGGUCAUCACACCAACCAUGCUUGAGCUGGGUCCAUAUCCAUAUCUGAACAGGCUUAUUGUACAUAACCAAGUAAAAGCAUAAUAGGAAACACCUGGGUCAUGUUCAGUAGGGAGGAAACGUUAGGCGUGAAACGGGGAGGUACUACCUUAACUUGCCAUACCAAACACGACCCAGGUAGCCAUUUAAGAUCAACUAUGACAGGCCGUGUCCGAAAUCUGGCUUGCCUACUACUUACUUAAACUGCAUACUGUGUACCUAUCCUACUACAGACUAUUUAGAACGUUCUGUUUAGUACAAACGUAUGCAGUAAGCAACAAAUAUCAAAAUACUACUCAUACAUACUGAGAAGGUGUCAUCGAAUGCGCAAUCACUCUUGUUCCCCGCCAUUCGUUAAUUUUUGUAGAGCGCGUCCCCUAUUCUGAUUAUCAGGUGUUGUCGAACACACGUGGGUGUGAAAAGACGAUUAUCUUCCUCGAUCUUCCCAGCGAAUUCUACUAGAUGAAAAGCCGAAAUGAGUGACAUCCAGGCAUUUAAAGUAUACUAGAUUUUCAACAUUUCACAUACUAUAAAACGUUAUCUUUUCCACAUACUCAAACGGCCUACUAUUUAGGAUGCAAAUAUGGGUAUUCGGACACGGCCACACUCUUUUGCUUGAUCCCAACAUCCUACCUGUAGCAGACAGAUGUGAAAUCCUAUGACAACAUACUUUAUCUGAUACUCUCAUUGUUUCAUAUAA